AUGGCAUCAGCUACUCCUUCACCUCUUGCCAGUUCUGUAGAGAAGACAAAUGGAGCCAAGCUCAGCCGACUUCUCAUCGAUGGUGGAACAACAGUUCUCAGGAACGUUUUCAAUGGGUAUCAUCCCCCAGCAAGUCUUUCAGCCGCGUUGAAUGCAAACUAUUCAACUCUGAAUACUCUCUUAAAGAAACGAAUUUUACACAGAUCACAAUGGGAUAUAUUGUUUCCUCCAAGCGGUGCUCCUCCAGACUCCCAAACAUUUGAUAUCACUCUUUUAUUCCUUCUCUUAACCAACAUUUGUGGUCUCUCCCCACCCCCCUCUAAGUGGCAAAAAAAACCACCUCCAAGUGACAACUCCUUUGAAGCAAAUCUUGCUCGCAUAAAGUUUUACCGCAAUACAUUGUAUGGCCAUGUUACCACAACUAGUAUUGCUGAUCCAACUUUCUCAACUCUGUGGCAGGAGAUAAGUGCUGUUCUUGUUGCUCUUGGCUUGCGGCGGACGGAAAUUGAUAGAUUGAAGGCUGAACAUUGUGGAGAGCAAGAGUUCUUAGAUGCGUUGCUUGAAUGGGCUGAUUCUGAGGAAGAUAUAAAAUCACAGCUGAAGGACAUACGGGAUAUUGAGACCAAAGUGCUGCAAACUGUUGAUGAAAAUAAAGCAAAGCUGGAAGAAGUUCAUCAGUUACAGAAGAACUUGCAAGCAUCUGUCAGUAUUGUGCAUCAGAGCCAACAGCAAGACACUAGAGCCAAUCAAGAUAACUUUGGAAAAGUCUGUGAGAAGCUUCAAAUUUUGGAGGAGGUAUCCCAGCACACCAUUCAAAUUUUGAAUAACGAGAAGGAGAGCAUCAGAGAUGACGAAGUCCUUGCGAAACUAGCAAACGUGGAUAAUUUAAGUGAAAUUAGAAGCCAUGCAAGCAGAUAUGUUGAGGGAACUCGGUUAUCGAUCAUUGCAGCAGUUGAGAGAUGGUUAAACGACAAAAGUUCUCCAAAUAGAGUGGUUGUUAUUAGUGGAAAUGCGGGAAUGGGAAAGUCUGUAAUCUCAGCUGUCUUGUGCCGAAAGAUGUUAGAGGCUGGAAGAUUGUCGGGGAGCCACUUCUGUCGGCAUAACCAGGCACGCCGAAGGAAUCCCAAAGUGAUGUUGCAGUCCUUAGCCUGUCAGCUUUCAGAAUCGCUUCCAGAGUACAGGAAGGCUAUCGUGAAGAAGUUGUCGAGAAAUGUGGGCGUUGAAAUUGGAGACAUGGAAGUGGAAGAACUGUUUGAAUUCUUGUUUAAAGAACCUCUUUCAGAUUUGAAAGAUCCAGACUCUAUCCAUCUCAUGGUUAUAGAUGGCUUAGACGAAAGUGAAUACCAGGGGCGUAAUGAGCUUUUAAAUGUGAUUGCGGAUUACUUUAAGACGCUUCCGUGUUGGAUACGAUUUGUGGUAACAACGCGACCUGAAAUGAAUAUCUUAGAGAAGAUUCAAGACUUAAAUCCCAUACAGCUGAACCCAAACGAUCAAGAAAACUUGAUGGACAUUACGCUUUGCUUUCAAGAGCAACUGGAACAUGUUCUGCAAUCUGAUUGCCAAGAUACCAUCUUAGAAAAGCUUGUUGAAAAGUCAGAAGGGGUCAUGUUAUAUACCUAUUACCUGACAGAGUUCAUUAAGAAGAAUGCUGUGCGUAUGAGUGCUGCUGAAGUGAUCAACAGCGACUUGCCAUCAGGUAUUUCGUCCGUUUAUCAAGACUACUUCAAACGCCUGAAAAAUGAAAUGCAGAAAGAACUAGGUAUCACCGAAGAGCAGUUCUUCGAUUUUUUAAAUGCCAUCGUGGCAGCAAGAGAACCAUUACCUGUCGAGUUUGUCUACAAGUUGUUCCUUUCAAAAGAAUGGUCAUCGGCUGAUGAGCAAAAAGUACGAGACGCAGUUGAUUGUAUCUCGGCUCUUCUACCCAUUGAGGGCGAGUGCAUUAACUUCUUUCACAAGUCAGUCAAGGACUGGUUGGUUGAGGAGUCUACUUCGAGGCAAAAGAAGUUUAUUGUUAGCGGAAAAGAAUGUCAUCGCGUCAUUGCAAAGCUUUGCAGAGAUGAACUAGAUGAAUUGAAACUUAAAGGGAUCCAUAGUUCAACACUGAAACAGACGUCGAGGUAUGCCUUGCAGCAUGGUGUUCAGCAUGUACUUGAGGUAGAAGAGAAUGCUCGUCCAUGUAGCCUGGACGACAUUGUAAAGAAUUAUGUUUUGGACCCAGAAUUGGUCUAUGCAAAGCUAACUGUGAAGAGUACAACAGCCACUGAAGAUGUUCUUUGCGUACAAGAAAAGGAAAAUACAAAUGGUUUGUCAAAGAAUUGCAGGGAAGUCCUUGAGACGUUAUUGUUGCUAUUGUGGAAGCAUUUAAGUACUCUUUCAAAACUUCCUUAUGCCAUCUUUCAAGUCUUGUUGAAUGAAGGAGGACCUGAACUGUCUGCGAAGGCAUUAAGCUUGCUAAACACCAAGUAUACGGACUUACCAUAUAUGGAAUAUUUGCGAAAGAAGGAGGAAAGAACAGAUGUUCUACUGCGGUUUUUUGCUUCAGAUGAGGUGAUCUGCUUUGAUGUCUCACCAAAUCAGGACUACCUGGUAUGCGAGUGUUCGAAUGCCACAAUUCAUCUGUGGUCGCUCCGUACUGCCCAGCUAAUGUGGACACGCUCUGCGCUGGUAUCAAACAUUGAUUUUCAGGACCUAGGGAACACAUGGGAUUACCUUUUCCCAUUUUUGCGGUCAGUAGUUUUCCAUCCAACCUUAGACCUGAUCUUACAAGGGACUCUGUGUCAGGGUUAUACCUUGGUCGGAGACGUGAAACCUCUUUUCCGUUCGAGCGAGUGCCGGUUCAAAGUUUGUUCAAUAUCUGGUGACAAAAGCACGAUGCUGACUGACUGUCUGGACGGGAGGAAUUGCGUCAUCCAGUGGAGUCUAAAAGAUGGAAGUGAAAUUAGUCGUUUUACACACAAAUGCGAAAUUUUAUCUUUUGCUUGGUCUGCUAGUGGAAGACGGAUGUUGAUCGUCGAUUCUGACAAGUGCGCAUACCUCAUUGACAUGAAUGAUGGAGUUGAGAUUCUAAUAUGUCCUUUAGUCUGUUCACGAUGUGUUAAGUUAACUCCUGACUGCCGGUUUUUUUUCUGUUUACUUUCGGAUAAGGAUAAAGAUGAUUGGGAUACGGAGCCCAAGCUUUUUUGUUUAGAUAUUGACAGGAACACUAAGUCAAUAUAUAGUUUAGAUUGCAUUUUUGGGACGAGUUCCUACCAGUACGCCUCGGAAUUUGAAACUUGCAAUGAGGGUGGUUUCUUAUCAGGAGAUCCCUUUUGGUAUCCAUAUGGAGGAAGUUUCCCAGCUGUGAGUUUUGCACUUGUACUAGAAAAGCAGAUGUUACUAAGAGUUAUCCCUUUCAGUGACGCGAUUGAAAUGUGUAGCCUUAACGACGUAAGGGAGUGGAGAUGUGAGAGUGGCGAUGAAGCGGGACAAAGCAUAGAACCCGGUGGCAUUACGACAGAGAGAGCCGAAAAUAACGAUCUAACGGAACAUAACCUACCAGAAAUCAACAAUAUGCCGGAAAACGGUUUUGUUGAAAUUGAUUACCGGGCAAGUAAUGUUUAUUUCUCUGUUGAUGGUGACUCUCUUUAUACUGUGACAGGUGGAGGGAUCCAGAUAAUAAAUCCUGUGGCUGGCGAUGUUUUAAGUAAAAGGAUUAGAAAAAAGGAAUGUGUGAUUCUUGCACGGUCUGUACGUGUUGUGCCCGUCAAAAGAGGUGUCCUAUUUCAAACAUAUUUUUAUUCGCUUGAGUUGUGGAACUCUGAGUUGUCUGUUUGCAUGAAAAGGUGGACUGAGUUUCAUGUCGAUGUUGUUGUACCCUUAUCAGAGGAACGAGUCGCCUUGGAAACGGUGGUUGAAUUUCCUUACAGAUGGGAAGUCAUCGUUCUAGAUACAACGAGUGAAAAAGUUUUGUCAAAGAUUGGAAAUUUUGAUGGUUUUUUUUUGGCAUGUAAUAAUAAAUGGGAAGUGGUAACCACCAUUGAUAGAAAGUCAAUGCAGCUGUGGCGUAAAAACCGAGUGCUAUGGGAAACUUCUAAGUUCGAUCCAUUUGGCCUUUCAAGGGCUAUUUUUUCUCCUACUGAAGAAAACGUCGUCACUUAUGGUAGAGCUGGCUCUUACGUCCUCGACGCAGUUUCGGGAAAAGUGAUUCGUCAAUUGGAGAACAUGGCUGUAGCUGAUAUUAAGUUUAUCAGUAACGAGGACUGCAGGUUCUUGUCUUCGAUUAUACAACGUUAAAUCUGGUGAUCUCCUCAGUGAAAUUGUAGAGGAACGACUAUUUCAAAGUUUUGCAGUUUGUCCUCGUAAGCUCUUGGUCGCAAUUGGCUUAAGACACUCCAACCAUUUUGAAAUCAUUCAAGCGAAGCUGCCAGAUGACAAAGAAAAGACAAACAUCGAAAGGUCAGUUGAAACAAAGUUUAUUUGAAGACAGAAAAAGAAUAAUAUGGAUAAAAAUGUAAUGUUAAUAGUAUCGAUAGUAGUAAGAAUAACAAUGAUACUUAAUAAUAAUGUGAAAAUGAUAACAAUAAUGAUGAUUGUACAUGUAAUAAUAACGAUAACAGUGGUAGUAAGGAAAGUUAUGAUGAUAAUUAUAACUAUGACGAUACUAAUGAUAAAUAAUGGUAAUAGAACAGAGUGGAGUCCACUUCGGUCUGUAAUCAUACGAGAGAUUAGCAAAAUCGGACGACCGCAAAGCAGGAGUCCGAUUUGUCAAUCACGAGUGUGAUUAUAGACACAAUUGGACGACACAAAGUCCUAUAUCAAUUUAUCAUAACCGUUACAAUUUCCGAAGACAACAAACACAUUGAGGACAAAUAUCUCCAAUUUCUAAAAAGAAAAAUUUCUCAAUUUUGGAAGUUCCACAGGUUUUUUUUAGUGUUAGUAGUUAUUGCUAUGGUUGUUGUGAUCAAUUCUGUGAUUGGUGGAUUUGGCGGAAAGGACUCAGUAUGAAUGGACGCUUCAACUGUCCGAUCUCAGGUGUCCGAUUACAGACAACUGUCCGGUUACAGCUGUACAGAAUGAUUUGUGAAAAAUAACUACUGAUCACUAGUUAAUUUACUAAAAAAUACUCUAUUACUUGAGAUGUUGCCUUUGACUUAACUUCUAUUAUUGAAUUUUUACCUUAGGUUGAACCUCCCAGAGUAAGACAUCUACAGAGAUUAACAGUUUCGUUGCUGAAUGGGAAAGACAUUGUCAGAAAGGCUGUAUUCCGCUGAUUCCUUUGCAUUCGAGUGGUUACGAUCUUCUAGUCCCGACAUCUGAACAGGAGAGACCGCUGAUCGAGAUUGGAGCGAGUACAAGAAUGAUUUUGGUGACAAAGCUGUUCAAGGUUUUAAAUUAUAUUUUUCUUGUAGAGGCUUCAUAAACAUUUUUAACUGUUCUUAGCGUAAACUUAAGACAAACAUUUAACCCUGUAACUCCCAUGAGUGACCAAGACAGAAUUUCUCCUUACAAAAUCAAUAGAAUAUCAAACCAGAAUAAAGAAAAACCUCAAUUUGGGGAUAAUGAGUUGAUCCAUAACUAAAUUCUCUAAACUAACUUUAUAAGCACUGUAUGGUAGACUGUAAGGAGAAUUAUAAAUUGGAUCUAGGAGUUAAAGGGUUAACGAAAUAUUUUAUUUCUCCUGUGGUGUUUAAUCACUCAGCUACAAGCUGAGAAAUUGUUUUAUGGAAGCGGAGUGUAGUAAGCAUUUCGUUUAGUGUUGAUUUGCAACUCGUUUAACUCGUGAGAUUAAAUUCUCGAGGAAAACGAAAAAGGUAUUGACAAAAUGUACAGUUCUCAGAAAGGCCUUAACUUCAUUUUCUGCAAAAUUACUUGUACAGCUUAAGACUGUUGGAGAAAAAGAGAGAAAGAGCUUCUUGUACUACCUGUGAUUCUCGUAUUUUUCUUGUGGAAGAAGUACUUUCAACUGUGUGUAAAUAAGAAACCAGCUAAAUUUAAAUCCAUUUUAUGUGCACAUAGCUUAUAUUGGCCUGGUUGAAGAUGGAACCAGAAUGACUGCGAAGCAAUCGUUACUCUUACAUAAUUUUCUAGAAAAAAGAAGGAUAUUCAAUACGCUGAUUUUUGCAUGCAAAUUGGUUUGCGUAUGUUUUUGAAAUUUGAAGACAUUACUUAAUUUUUGAAAAUACUUUCUUUUUUCGGGAAGGGGGGGCUUUAGUCACACAACGUGAAGUAGUUUUACAAUAAAAUUAAAACUGAGAAGGAUUCAAUGUCCAGUUGAUGUGAAAUUCUGUGGGCAUAGCCCUAUCCUCCAGUAGGUGGCUGUUAGUAUAGUCAUUUGGUAAGGUGCCCGUCUGAGUCAGGGUAUUGUUGCAUGGUCAACCUCACCAGGGUGGUGAGAGGCUGAAACGUACUGACCUCCUCUACUUUUCCCAAACGGGUACGCUAAGCCCUGACAGCUUGAC